AUGGACGCCUCCGACGUUGAAAAGCUCCAGCCUAAGGACAAGGCCGAGCUCCUCCAGUUCGUGAACAACGAGCAACAGAGGACCAAGGUCCAGAGCCAAACACACAACCUCACCGAAGUUUGCUGGAAGAAGUGCGUGACGUCGAUCAAGGGCAACGGCCUGGAAAAGAGCGAGGAGCAGUGCCUGACCAGCUGCGUCGACCGGUUCCUGGACGUCAACCUGGCGACGAUGCAGCAUCUCAGCACCCUGAGGAGGUAG